AUGAGUGAUGGGGUGUACGUCAAAGGUUUUGUAGAAGACGUGCCUAUAGUAUUCACUGCUGAUACCGUUGCUUCAAAGACAGUUAUAUCUUCAAAGGUUUUCAAAAGUGUAAACCAAGGGAGACAACCAGCCCUAGAAAAAUCAUCCUGUUUGAUUGGAGCAGGAGGCACAACGAUUCAGGAGUGUGGCAAGGCAAAAUUCACUUUGAAGCUUGGACCUUUAGAGAUAACUAGUGAGGCGAUCAUUGCUGAUAUAGAAGAUGAGGCGCUUCUGGGGUAUGAUGUUUUAAAGGGUCGCGAGCAUGGAGCUGCUGAUAUAUUGCUCAGCAAAAACAAAAUAGUGCUUGACGGUGUGGAAAUCCCUUGUUUUCAGGUGGGCAAGAAUGAUAAAACUAGGAGGGUAGUUGUUGCUGAUGAUCUGAACACACCAGGGCAAUCAGAGAUGAUCAUCGAUGUGUAUGUCAGUAGAAAGGAAGAAGAUGAUUUUGACCAUGAAGCUGAAUACCUGGUAGAACCUUCAGAACAUCUGGCAGAGCGAUACAAAUUGGCGAUGGCCUCUACACUCGUCAACAUAAAUCAAGCGACCACGUGCAAGGUGAGGGUGUUAAAUCCUUUCCGUGAAGAAGUCUCCCUGAAACAAGAUGCUGAAAUAGGAAAAGCUGAGAAGAUAGAAAGGAUAGUAAAUGUCAUAGCAGAGCAAGAGAAUACCAGAGAGACUGAAAACCAAGCACAGGUGGGAAGGGUCGAAACAAGGUCAAAUAAACAUGAUGGAGAUAUGCAGUUACCUUUUGAGCCAUCAACUGAGGAAAAGGUCCCAAGACAUCUUCAUGAUCUUUUCUCCAAGACCAUUCAAGGUAGAUCUGAAAAGGAAAAGCAGGCCAUAGCAGGACUCUUUGGAAAGUACAGCAGCACCUUCUCAACUGACGAAUUGGACAUUGGGCUGACGAACCUGAUAGAGCAUUCUAUAGACACAGGUGAUGCAAAGCCCAUAAAACAAAGGCCAAGAAGAGUGCCUCUUGCUUUCGCUAACGAAGAGAAACAGGCUAUAGAAGAUCGACUUAAAAAGGGGUUAUCCAAAAAAGCACGUCACCUUGUGCAAGUCCCAUAG